AUGGGGAAGAAGAAUCAGGCAGCCCCACAUAAGCCUCAGGAAGAUUUCUCUCUGAAAGAGACCUCCCCGAACAUCAAUGGCGGAAGAUCCUCAAUCGGCGUCAACACUUCCUUCGAUCUCGUCGAACAGAUGCUGUUCCUCUACGUGAAAGUCGAAAGAGCCAGAAAUUUGCCGGAGCCCUGUGACCCAUAUGUUGAAAUCAAGCUCGGAAACUACAGAGGAACCACCAAAUUCUUCGAGAAAACGGCAAAUCCAGAAUGGGGUACUGUCUUCGCCUUUGCAGAGGAUCGAAUUCAGACCGCCGAUGUCGAAAUUUCUCUGUUCAACAAGGCGGCGGGGGACGCCGUAAUUGGCUCUGUUGUUUUGAGCAUCGGCGACGCUCCGAUGAGGGUGCCGCCGGACAGUCAGCUGGCUUCCCAAUGGUAUAAACUCGAAAACCGACACGGCGGGGGCGGCCAAGUCAGGGGAGAGCUGAUGCUCUCUGUUUGGAUGGGGACUCAGGCUGACAGCCAUUACUCGAAUGCGUGGCAUUCCGACGCAGCGUCGGUCGCCGGAGACGGGCUCGUCAACAUUCAGUCUAAAGUUUACCAGUCGCCGAAGCUAUGGUACCUCAGAGUGAAUGUAAUUGAAGCUCAAGAUUUAGAGCUAAGGGACAAGAACAGAAAGCCGGAGGUGUUGAUCGAAGUGAAGCUUGGGAUUUUACAAAUGACGAGCCGAGUUUCGGAGACUAAGAACUCGAACCCGUCGUGGAAUGAAGAUAUGAUGCUUGUUGCAGCAGAGCCAUUUGAGAAGAAUUUGGAGCUUCGUGUGGUUGAUAGAAUUAGUCCAAAUGAGUUUGAUGUUUUGGGAGUCUGUCAAAUCCCUUUAGAGAACAUUGAUGUGAGGCUGGAUGGUUCACCGGCGGUGAACAAAUGGUACGAUCUCAAGAGGCCCGGCGGGGGCGGCGCCGAGGGCGAAACGAAAGAGGUGAAGUUUGCAAGCAAGUUGCAUAUGAGGGUGUCUUUAGAUGGAGGGUACCAUGUUCUUCAUGAGCCAAUUCACUAUGCAAGUGAUCUAAAGGCAACUUCUAAGUUGUUGUGGACGCCAAGCAUUGGUGUUUUGGAGCUUGGGAUAUUGAGUGCUAAUGGAUUGUUGCCAAUGAAGACAAGAGAGAAUCGAACUGAUGCUUAUUGUGUUGCAAAAUAUGGCCCAAAAUGGGUGAGAACUAGGACGGUUACUAAUAGCGGUGCUCCUAAAUGGAAUGAGCAAUACAUUUUUGAGGUUUAUGAUCCUUGUACUGUUCUCACCAUUGGAGUGUUUGAUAAUGGUUGUCUCCAAGGAGGGGAUAAAGGGGUUGAUACUCGAAUCGGGAAGGUUCGAAUUCGAUUGUCGACGCUUGAAACCGAUCGGAUUUACACACAUUCUUACCCUCUUGUGGCGUUGCAGCCUUCUGGUGUGAAGAAAAUGGGUGAGAUUCAGUUGGCUGUGAGAUUUUCUUGCUCGUCUUUGAUCAACAUGAUGCAUACUUAUGCACAGCCUCUCUUGCCUGAAAUGCAUUAUACUCUCCCAUUGUCCAUUUAUCAAAUCGAUCACUUGAGAUACCAAUGUUUAAACAUUCUUUCGGAUCGGCUCGGACGUGCUGAGCCAAUGCUAAGAAGGGAGGUCAUCUACUACAUGCUCGAUGCAGAUUCACACAUAUGGAGCAUACGAAAAUCGAGAGCCAACUUCGACAGGAUCACUGCACUUUUCGACAGUUUGAUCAAGUUCUGCAAGUGGUUUCAUCAUGUACGAAGUUGGACAAAUUCUUAUAUAACGGUUGUAGUUCAUGUCAUGUUCCUCCUCAUUGUUUUCUUUCCCGAACUAAUCUUCCCCACCAUGUUCUUCUACUGCCUCGUGGUGGGUAUCUUGCGGUAUCGUGGUCGGCCGAGGCAUCCUCCGCACAUGGAUGCCGAGCUCUCCCGCGCCCACACAGUGACACCCGACGAUCUAGAAGAGGAAUUCGACUCAUUCCCAAGUAAGGUGACGGGGGGAACGUUGAGGAGACGAUACGACCGACUUCGACACAUCGCCGGGAAGAUGCAAGUGGUGAUGGGGGACUUUGCAACACAAGGGGAGAGGGUGGAAGGGCUUCUAAGCUGGAGGGAUCCAAGGGCUACAACUCUUUUUAUGAUGUUUUGCCUCGUUGGAGGUGUGGUAAUGUUUGUUGUUCCUCUGAAUAUUAUUGUGCUUUCUUUGGGGUUCUAUGCCAUGAGGCACCCAAGAUUUAGGAUAAAUUUGCCUUCUUUACCUCAAAAUUUUAUUAGGAGAAUGUCUGCUAGAACAGACACUUUGCUUUGA